CGUUUUGCCUUGGAUACCGAACUUGAAAAGCUUGAUGUUGUUGGAUUGAAGAGACUCGAAGAUUCUCCUCAGGGUAUGGUUCAGGACACAGAUAACUGUUUCCAUAAAACCCAACAAAUAAAAAACAGUUAUCUGUGUAAUCAAAUCUUUCUGCAGCUCAAUUUCAACAACAAUAUUUAUCAUCCAACUAAGCAAUGAAAGUGAAAGAGAGAAUCUUUACAUUGGAAGAUUCUAAAGAGUCUUCUUUUAAUGAAAAAAAAAAUCACAGGAGAUUCAGAAUCAACAUAGAGAAAGAAAGGGAGAAUCCUUACAUGAUGGAUUUAAGAUUGAGGGUCGAUAAGAAAGCGAAAUUCUCGAGCUGAGAAAACCCAGAUCGGUAUAUUCCGUCUUCCACCAUCGAGAAAUUCGUCGGCGGAAUUAAAACCUCGCCGCCGUCGUUAUCAUCAUCCACUAUCAAUAAACCCAUCAAUCUGAAUCGAACCAAAUGAAUCUUUGUUUCUCCCUCAUCAACAUCAUCAGAGUCAAGCACAUCCAUAUCCAACGUCCGAGAGAGAGAUGUGGAGAGAAGAAGGCCAAACUCUCUCAAACCGAUCGUUGAUCGCAAACCCUCUCUUCAGGACUUGGCGCCGUUCUUUGGGUUAUCACUCUCAACUUCUCAUGGCGGCGGAAACAAAGAUGGUGAAGGACGGUGUUCCCAACUACAGCGAGAACGACGACGAAGAGAACUUCUCAGAAGAUGGAGACUGGGGAGAUUGGGAAGCAGCUGAUAAGGACGACGACGACUUCGAAUCUGAUUUCGUUUGUUUGUUCUGCGAUUCACUCUUCGAGCACUGUCGUCUGAGCCACGGGUUCGAUUUUCAUGGAGUUAGAAAGGAACUGAAGCUGGACUUCUACGCUUCGUUUAAGCUCAUCAACUAUAUUCGCUCGCAGGUGGCUGAGAACAAAUGCUGGAGCUGGGAAGCUUUGCGGAAGUGUCAUCCCGAAGCCAAAGAUGUGAACUUUCCUUGGGAUGAAGAGAAGUAUCUGAAGCCCUUCUUGCAGGAGGAUUCGCUUUUGUACAGCUUUGCAGAUGACGAGGAGGAGGAAGAUGAAGAAGAGGCGUUAGACAGAGAGGAUUUGAUUGAGGAUUUGCGGAAACUUGGGGAUUUAAGCAUUGUUGAUGAUGAAGCUAUAGGGGAGAGCUCAGUGUCAAACAAUGACAAAUGCAAGGAUGUUAGUCUUAUCUCAAACUGCGAUGACCUGAAACAAAGUUCUGCUUAUGGUUUGGUAGUCAAUAGGAAGGGUAAAGAACCAAGAGUUUGUGAUGCGAGGCUAGUUGGUAGGAGCAUCAGGAAGGUGAAUGAGAAUUAUUUUGGAUCUUAUAAUUCGUUCGGCAUUCACAGGGAGAUGAUAAGUGAUAAGGUUAGAACAGACGCUUACAGGGAUGCACUUUUGAAGAAUUCUAGUCUCAUGUCUGGCUCUGUUGUAAUGGAUGUUGGUUGUGGAACUGGAAUAUUGAGGUUGAUAAGAAACAGAUUUUACAUGAAAAAUAUCGAGAAGGGAUCUCAAGAACUUACAGUCGAUUCUAUUGGCUUUUGGAGAAAUUUGAGAAGGACAAAAAGAUGGUAAACACAAAGGGCCCGGUUCUGGGCUAAAGCCCAUGAAGCAUGGACUUUGGAAGUCAGAGAACAUACUAAUAUAAAGGGCGCCAAAUUUUCCAGUUAGUCUGGUUUAGUCUGAUGGUUUGUGUACUUUGUUGGACCCAAUUUUGGCCAGUACAUAAAUAGGCUGCGAUCAAAGAUAUGGGCCGCGAGGAAUUAAAGCCCAUAGCAAGCAAUCGAGCCCGAAACGAAGACUUCGAGGCCCCGGAGAUCGCGGAACAAGAGACGAAGAUCGCGGAGCAGUUACGAAGGUCACGAGGUCGACUUACUAUAAAGGAAGGAGAACGGACAUGAAGAAGCACACGUUGAAAACCCUAGAGUGAGCUACACACAUACAUCGACAUUGUUUUCAUCCCAAUCUUAGAUCUUUUCUUUACCGAUCUCAUUUGUAUCGUUCGAUCUAGUUCAAUUCAUUGUUUUCGAUCUUAUUCAUCAAUAAAGUCUAUUUUUACCUACUGGAAA